AUGUACUCUACAGGCUUGGAGAUCCUCGGGAUGAUCCUGGCUGUGGCCGGGUGGUUGGGCGUGAUGGUGGCAUGCGGCCUGCCCAUGUGGCGAGUGGCUGCUUACAUCGGUCAGAACAUCGUCAUCUCACAGGUGAUCUGGGAGGGUUUGUGGAUGAACUGUUCGGUGCAGAGCACAGGCCAGAUGCACUGCAAGGUGCACGACUCCAUGCUGGGGCUGCCUGUGGAACUGCAGGCGGCUCGUGCUCUGGUCAUCGUCUCCAUGGUGCUCAGCAUCAUUGGCAUUUGUCUGUCGGUGGCCGGUGCUAAGUGCACCAACUGCAGCCGGGACGUGAGCAGUAAACCUCGGCUGGUGGUGGCUGCUGGAGUGGUCUUCGUGGUGGCUGGACUGCUGCUGCUGGUGGCUGUUUCUUGGACAGCUCAUGCCAUCGUUCUAGGCUUUUAUGACCCGCUGCUGGAGGAGACGGGGAAGAGGGAGUUUGGGAACGCUCUGUACUUCGGCUGGGCUGCCUCCUGCCUGCUCAUCCUAGGGGGAGCCCUGCUUUGCUGCUCCUGUCCGUCUAAAACAGCUACAGCUGGGAGUAGUGGCUCUGUGCCUCCACGGAUGGACUAUUUACCUGUCAAGACCAUGUCAGUCAACGGAUACACCAGGAGAGACUAUGUAUGA